UAAGUCCUUGUUUUUGUUGUUACUAUGUGUUGUCACAAUGUCCAUAUUUUUUCAGCCUAAGAUCGCCCGAGACAGAAAAUGACAAGUGCCUGGUUGGUAUUGCGAGAUAUUUGGAAAGACUUCAUAAUAUGCGAUGGAAAGAAAGUUGAGAUAGUAGGAGGAUUUCGGGGGUUUAGAAAUAUCCCUCCUGGGAAUCACACGAUAGAGAACUAUGGAGCAAAGCUUGAGGUAGAUUUGAAGCCGGGGGAGGUGAAAGUGUUUGUUUUAGAUAGUCACAAUAAGGUAUUCAAAAGAUUCUCGGAAGAAGAAGAUGAUUUUGGAUUCCACCAUUUAGCAAAGAGCGGUGCGAUGGGCAAAGCGUUAUAUGAGUGGCCGACUUGACGCACAAACUGAACCAACGGUGACCAUUCUUAGAUAGAUU